GUACAGGGUUCCCGCAGGAAGCCCUUGGUGCUAGCUGCACAAACUUUCAGAGUUCUAGCUUCUAACAAGGAGUGCGAUAAUUCCCUAAAGUUCUCCCAAAAAAUUGCUGCCUUAGAAUGUACUUUGGACCCAGACUAUAUAGUGCUACAGCAGGUCUGGGGUUAUGAAGGUCUGAAGCAGUGAGUUUUCCAUGCGCAACGUCUAGUACCGGCAACUGAACAGGAGGUGGGAGUCAGAGUCCCAGGGUGCUCCUACUGGCCAGCCGGGAAGGGCGGAGCCCGAGCCGCUGCCCGCCCGCCCGGAAGCGCGCCGGCGGGAAGCCGGCGUGGAGCGCGCCUGAUCUGGCGCGGAGAUCAUCGUGGCAGCUUCCUUCAGCCUUGCCUGAGCAGGCUUGCUUGGCAAGCUGGGACAUGUCUGGUCCCCGAGGACCUUCCAUGGGUGAUGGCUGCAGUGUUGGAGGGGCUGCAGCCGGAGGAAACUGCUGCAGAGGAUGCUGCAAGACCCGCUGUGGAGGCUGUGGAUUCCAGGCCUGGGGCACCUUUUCUCCUGGCUGGGAACCAGUUGAACUUGGACAUACGCCCAGGGGGCUGCCAUCGGCUGCAAUACCUGUGUUCCCAGCAGCCCCCACAGCUGCUGCAGGUGGAGUUCUUGCGACUCAGUACCCACGAGGACCCUCGACUGCUAGAUGACACCCUAGCCCAGGUUCCGUGGAGUCUGUUGCGCCUUCGCUCCCUGGUCCUCAAAGGGGGCCAGAGCCGGGGUGCCCUGGGUGCCUGCCUUCACGGUACCCUGACCACUCUGCCUGCUGGCCUGAGUGACUUGGUCUGCCUGGCCCACUUGGACCUGAGCUUCAACAGGCUGGAGACGCUGCCGACCUGCAUCCUGGAACUGCGCGGCUUGCAUUCCUUGCUGCUUUCUCACAAUUGUCUGUCAGAGCUGCCCGAAGCCCUGGGGGCCCUGCCCACCCUUACCUUCCUCUCUGUGACACACAACUGCCUCGAGAGGCUGCCUACAACACUGGGGUCGCUGUCCACCCUUCAGCGUCUUGAUCUCUCAGAGAACCUUCUAGACACCAUACCCUCUGAGAUUGGAGACCUGAGCAGCCUCAGUGAACUCAAUCUGGCCUCCAACCGACUGCAGAACCUCCCAGCCUCCCUUGCGGGCCUGCGGUCCCUGCGGCUCCUUGUUCUGCACAGCAACCUCCUGACCUCAGUGCCCACUGGCCUGGCCCACCUGCCACUGAUCUCUCGGCUUGAUCUGAGGGACAACCAGCUCCGGGACCUGCCUGCUGAGCUACUCGACGCUCCCUUUGUGCGCCUGCAGGGGAACCCUCUGGGUGAAGCCUCUGCAGCACCCCUAAGUCCCCCAGACAUAUCCCGGAUUCCAGAAAUGCCCAGGCUAUUCCUUACCUCGGAUUUGGACAGCUUCCUUGUGACUCCCCACGGCUGUUCUGUGACCCUGGCCUGUGGUGUCCGCCUACAGUUCCCAGCAGGAGCCACCACCACACCUAUCACCAUCCACUAUCGACUGUGGCUGCCGGAGCCCCACCUGGUCUCUCUGGGACCUCACGACUUCCUGCUUAGUGGUGUUCUGGAGCUGCAGCCCCAUGGGGUGGCUUUCCAGCAGGAUGUGAGCUUAUGGCUGCUCUUCGUCCCCCCACGAGUCCGUCGCUGCCGUGAGGUAGUUGUGAGGACACGGAGUGACAAUAGCUGGAAUGACCUAGAGACCCACCUGGAGGAAGAGGCACCCAAGAGGCUCUGGGCUCGAUGCCAGGUGCCCCACUUCUCCUGGUUCCUUGUCGUUUUACGCCCAGUAUCCAACACUUGCCUGUUGCCACCAGAGGGAGCACUUCUGUGCUCCUCAGGUCAUCCUGGGGUCAAAGUCACCUUUCCCUCCGGGGCCACAGAAGAGCCUCGGCAAGUCACCAUGCAGGUAGUGCAUAUGGCUGGUGUAGAGCUGAGAGCUCUCCUGGAAGAAGCAGAGGCGUCGGUGAGUCCUCUGCUGUGCCUCUCGCAGAGCGGCCCCCCCAGCUUCCUACACCCCGUCACUGUGCAGUUACCCUUGCCCCCCGGUGUUACAGGUUUCAGUCUGGACCGCUCCCACCUGCAUCUGCUGUACCGGACACCUUCGACAACCACCUGGGACGACAUCACCACUCAGGUGGCAUUGGAACUCACUCACCUGUAUGCACGCUUCCAGGUCACACACUUCUCCUGGUACUGGCUCUGGUAUACCACCAAAAGCUGUGUGGGGGGCCUGGCCCGGAAGGCCUGGGAACGGCUGCGCCUGCACCGCGUGAACCUCAUCGCACUACAAAGGCGCCGGGACCCGGAGCAGGUCCUGCUACAGUGUCUGCCCCGGAACAAGGUGGAUGCCACCCUUUGUCGGCUGCUGGAUCGGUACCGCGGCCCCGAACCCUCUGAUACUGUGGAGAUGUUUGAGGGUGAGAAGUUCUUUGCAGCCUUUGAGCGGGGCAUUGAUGUAGAUGCUGACCGUCCAGACUGUGUGGAUGGCAGGAUCUGCUUUGUUUUCUAUUCACACCUGAAGAAUGUAAAGGAGGUGUACAUCACCACAACCUUGGACCGGGAAGCUCAGGCUGUUCGAGGCCAGGUGUCCUUUUAUCGGGGUUCACUUCCCACGGAGGUGCCUCAAGAAGCUGAGGCUGCCCGGCAGAGGAAGGGCACAGAUGCACUGUGGAUGGCCACCUUGCCCAUCAAGCUUCCGAGACUCCGGGGGCCCCAGGGAAGUGGGCAGGGGACUGACUUCUCCCUGAUGCCUCUGAACCUGGGUGAUGCGGAAACUGGUUUCCUGACUCAGAGCAACCUGCUGAGUGUGGCCUCACGCCUAGGUCCUGACUGGCCGGCUGUGGCCCUGCACCUAGGCAUGCCCUACCGUGAACUGCAGCGUAUCCGGCAUGAAUUCAGGGAUGAUCUGGAUGGGCAGAUCCGCCACAUGCUCUUCUCCUGGGCUGAGCGCCAGGCUGGACAGCCCGGGGCUGUGGGACACUUGGUACAGGCCCUGGAACAGAGUGACCGGCAGGAUGUGGCUGAAGAAGUGCGUGCCAUCUUGGAGCUUGGCCGCCACAAGUAUCAGGACAGCAUCCGGCGCACAGGGCUGGCCCCUGAGGACUCCACUCUGCCUGGCACCUCGUCUUCACAGACCCCAGAGUCUGCCCAGGCCUAGGCUCAGACUUAAGCUGGCCUUUGACUUGCCUUGACAAGUAGGCAGAGCCCCCUUCCCUAUCCUUCUACCUCAUCUGUGUGGUACAAGUGUCCCAUCAUACAAAAUCUCAUGGUUUUGAAAGCUUGGUUUAUUUACUUUUUGAGACAGGUCUUACUGUCUAGCCCAAGCUAGCCUCCAACUCCCAGUGCACCUCAGAGAUUGAUUUACUUAUAGGGUAGAGGGCAGGGGUGCCUAAGUGAUCUGAAGCCGAGUCCCUGAGUGUGCCCACAUUUCCUACCAUGCUAAGUCCUCCCGUUACGAUGAGGGCAGAGAAGGCCUGGAGAGAGGGCUCAGCGGUUAACAGCACUGGCUGCUCUUUCAGGGGACCCAGUUUCAAUUCUCAGCACCUACAUGGUAGCUCACAACAGUCUGUAACUCAAGUUCCAGAGGAUCAGACACCUUCCUCUGGCUUCCACAGCACCAGGUACACGUGGUGCACAGACAUGCACGCAGGCAAAACAUCCAUAUACAUAAAAUAAAAGCUAUUUAUUGUG